AUGUGCGCCUUACGGGACAACCGGACGUUAUCGGCGGUGUCCCUGGCCUGCCAAUACCGACUCGCAGUGGUGCCAAAGCGGCCUCCGAUGCGCCGCCUGACCCGGCCAAAGAAACAUGGGGAGCAGCGAUUCUCGCUGGAAUUGGUAAAGGUCAACGAGGAUGAGACGCCACCGGACUCGGCGGAAGUCGAGGAAGAGGAGGUGUUUAAUUUCGACUCCGAUGAUGACUGCGACGCGCCACCUGACGACAUGGAUCUGAGUCAGCGUUACUACCUGCACUCGUGCAAGGAUCUGCACGUGCAUCCCACGCGCUCCGUGUUUGAGGGGCUAGUGCACGAGAAAUUAUCCUGCAAGGGCAACGUACUAAUGUCAGAUGACGUGAAGGCCGCAACUAUUGCGUUAGUGGGAAACUCCUGCGUGGAGACCAUAGUGUUCGAGGGAAAUGAGAUGGGCGGCGGUCCGAUGGUUUUCUUCAGCGCCGUCUUCUCGAGAAACAUAUACAUCACAGAGAUCAGGAUUCGCUGGAAUUCCCUGGGUUCAGUAGGGGCACGAACGAUUUGCGCGUCACUGGAGAAGAACAUGCACGUGCGUAUACUCGACCUGACAGGAAACAAGUUCGGUGAGGAGGACGCCAUGUACUUUAGAGAUCUCAUGGAGGAAAACAGUGCCAUGUACGAACUUCACCUCGGACACAACUACUUCCGGGAGAAAGGCGGGGAACACCUUGCAUAUGGAAUAAAGGAGAACGACUUUCUUCGUGUCUUGGAUUUAAGCUGGAAUCAUCUACGACUUGAAGGCGCAGCUGCUAUCGGAAAGGCUUUGGCGGAGAACAUCAACCUGGAGGUACUGAAUCUCUCCUGGAACGGUCUGUACCUGCAAGGUGCCACCAGCAUCUCGGCUGCUCUCGCAAAGAACCAGUCCCUGCGAGAGCUCGAUAUCUCGUGCAACCGGCUCUCUGAGAAAUGCGUUGCGAGCUUUCUUACAGGCAUGCGCAAUAACACAACGCUGAAAAAGCUGAAAAUAGGCCGGAACCAUCUGACGCAUAUUGGCGCGUCCAUGGUGCUGGAGUUCAUAAAAAAGCAUCCGAAAGUAGGACUGGACUACAUUGAGCUUGGAGACCAGCACGUGGAAGACGACUUUAUUUCGUUAUUGAAGGAGAUCCAGUCCACGAGACCUCUACAUGUGGUCUUCGGGAAAGUCUGGUCACCUGACAGGGAUCCCAUAGGAAAGCAGGACGCGACAGAGGACGAACUGGCGCUGCUCAACGAGAACGCCCACUACGUGCUCAUGGAGUUCAUGCGCGUGCAGAAGCUGCGACUCGUUGAUCUGUUUCACCAGAUGGACAAGAACAACAGCACAGGAAUCAGCGUCGCCGAGUUCCAGCAGGGACUUCAGGCGGUUGGCAUUCCGCUGAAGAAGAGGACGCUCGAGAAGUUCGUUCAGGCCUGUGACACGGACAAGAAUGGUGAGAUAGACUUCAGCGAGCUACUUGAGGCUAACCGGCGCUACAAAGAAGAAGUGCGGCGCUUGGCGCGCGUGAACACACCUUUCGAGACCACGGACAUUGGUCGCAUACAGAAGCUUGUGCAGAAGAUAAUGCUAAACAGCCGAGAAGUUCCGAAACACCACCUACCGAAAGAAGACGAGAAACCCGACCCGGUUAUCGGAUGACUUAAUCAAGACGGACGGUUAUAAGUUUUUAUAAGUAUAAACUUGAUUUCUUGUUUACAAAAGGUAGAAAAACCUCAACAUAUGGGGUAAAUAUGG